AUGGUGGAGAUAGAGGUUGGUGGUAAUCUAAAAAAUGUAGUGAAAGUUUUCAGCUUGGGGGAUAAUUCAUGGAGAGAUAUUCCAUGUUUACCUGUGAUUCCACUUUAUUUGUAUGAUGUUUGUAACAACAAAGAUGUGUAUUUGAAUGGUACUGUUAAUUGGCUGGCCAAUUGCAAUCAUGAUUUUUAUUUGAUGGGUGUUAUUGAAAAUUAUGUCAUUCUUUCGCUAGAUCUCUCCACCGAGUCAUACACUCAAAUGAUGUUGCCUUGUGGUUUGGACAAGGGGCCCCAUGUUCAGAUGAAAGAUUUUGGAGUUCAAGAGUCUUGGGUUCAGUUAUUCAAAAUUAGUUAUCAGAAUUUCUAUUCAAUCAACAGUGAUUUAUUUGGUAAACAGCAGUUGGAAUUGUUGCCGAUAUACCUUUGUGAGAAUGGUUAUACUUUGAUAUUGGCAAAUAUUUAUAAGGCACCAACAUUUAUCUGUGAUUGCAGAGACAAUACAGUAGAGCCAAUAAGAAUUACUGAUACGAUUGAGUGGCUGUGGGCUAAGGAUCACAUCGAAAGUUUGGUUCGAACUUGUUGA